UUCCGUAAUUAAAGUGACGCCGGAGUGGAGAAGCAGCUGAUGUGGCUGGCUGGCUUAUGAGAGCUUGCUUUUGUGCAUCAAGUCAACAGAUGGAAGUUGUUCUCAGAAGAAGGAUUCCCUGAGUUUUGCUGUUGCCCUGAUCUUUACAAUCAACCUCUAACAUUUUACUACAGAAGAGGAUGUCUUUGCCCAGAAUCCAAAUAGAAGAGGUGGCGGACAAUGCAGAUGCCUCCUCUGAGAAUGCCACACCUCCCCAUGACCACCUGAGAAGCCUGAAGGCUCUGACGGAGAAACUGAGACUGGAGACCAGGCGCCCUUCCUACUUGGAGUGGAAGGCCAAACUUGAGGACCAGACGUGGAAGAGCCCCAAGCCCUCUGGGGAGGAAGAGGCUAAAGAAGAAAAAAAGGCCACAGAGGAAGCCAUCCCUUUAAGAAAGGUGCAGGUGCAUCUCAAAGGGAGUUCUUCCCAGGAGAAGGUGACUCUUACUUCAGGGAAACUAAGUGGCUUUGAAAGCAUUCAGGAAGCUCUGAAUUGGCUCAGGAAGGAACUGACAGAAAUGCGCCUGCAGGACCAGCAGCUGGCGCGGCAGCUCAUGCGCCUGCGCAGCGACAUCCACAAGCUGAAGAUCGAGCAGACGUGCCACCUGCACCGGCGCAUGCUCAACGACGCCACCUACGAGCUGGAGGAGCGGGACGAGCUCGCCGACCUCUUCUGCGACUUGCCGCUCGCCAGCUCCUUCAGCCUCUCUGCGCCCCUCAAGCUCAUCGGCGUCACCAAGAUGAACAUCAACUCCCGCAGGUUCUCGCUGUGCUAGA